AUGGCGAAGGGCAAGAAGUCCGGCGCGUUCCUGAACCAGAAGAAGAAGGCCGGGAGCGCCGACUUCUCGAACCCCAAGGCCAAGGUCGGGCGCAAGGUCAAGCGCCGCGUCGGCGAGACGGACGCGUCCUUCCAGACGCGCCAGCUGAGCAUCGGCGAGCAGAGCAUCGCGCGGCAGAAGAAGGACGGCGCGAAGACGAGCAAGCGGGGCCUCACGUGCGAGGAGCACCUCGGCCAGCUCGGGCACCACAACGACAAGGCGCGCGCGGCCGCCGCCGAGGGCCUCGCGGACAUCUGCGCCGCGCACGCCGACGAGGCCUGGCGCCUCUUCGGCCCGCUCCUGGACGGCGCCGCGCGGCUGCUCGGCGACGCGCACCGGCCCUGCCGCCGGCACGCGCUGCGCCUGCUCCAGGCGGGCCUCGUGCCCGCGGUCGCGCGCGACGCGCCGGGCAACGCGGCGCUGGACGACGCGCAGGCGUCGACGCGGCGCGCGGCGGUGCGGGCCGCGGCGCCGCUCCUCGCCGCGCGCCUCGGCGCGGCGCUGUCGUCCUUCGACGGCGGCUGCCGCGCGGACGCCGCGGAGGCGCUCGAGAGCUUCCUCGUCGACCACGGCGACGACGACCUGCGCCGGGCCGUCGCGGCGAACCUGCUCGGCCCGUUGCUGACGCCGCUGGCCAACGCCGCGCGCGUCGCGCCCGCGCCCCGGGACCACGAGGCGGGCAAGUCCGCGUACCGGCCGACGCUGCUCCGCGUCGUCGCCGCGCUCUUCCUGGCCGACGCGCCGGCGAGGAAGCGCGGGCGGCGCUUCUCCUUCGCGCCCGAGGACGACGUCUUGGACGUCGACGACGUGGCGGAGGGCGACGACGCGAUCCCGGGGCACCGCGGCGUCGUGCUGCUGCGGGACGUCCGUCGCGCGCGGCCCGGCGACUGGCGGCGGCGCGAGGCGGCGGCGGCGGCGACCGCGACGGUCGCGGACGGCGAGGCCGCCGCGCGCGUCGAGGACGCCGCGAGCGCGCGGCGGGAGCUCGCGGGCCGCGUCGCCGAGCUCGCCGCGGACGCGGUGCGCCGCGCGGAGGCGACCGGCGCGACGACGGCCGCGGCGUCUCUCGCGCUCGAGGAGCUCGAGCCCCUGUGCUGCCUCGCGCGGCGCCGGCCGGACCUGUUCGGCGCGACGCGCGAGUUGCUCGCGAAAGCGGCGCCGCUGCGCCUGGGCGACCGCGCGGCGUCGCAGCUCGCCCAGGGCGUCGCGGAGCGCGCGGACGCGGCGCUCCUGUCCUGCGCCGUCGACGCGGGCCUCGCGGGCAAGGCCGUCGGGCCGGCGCUCGAGUUAUUGAAGAAGCACCAGGCCGGCGGCCGCGGCGUCGUGCGGCGGCUGCUGCUCACGGGCGUCUCGGGCGACGCGAGGCGACGAUUGCUCGCGGCCGCGGGCGUCGACGGCGGCCGGGAUCCCCAGCUGCUGGCGGACCUCGCGGCGGCGGCGGCGCGGGACCUGGCGCCGGGCGUCGACCGCGGCGACGACGCGGCGCUGGCGGGCUGGGCCGGGUCCCUCGCGGCGCUCGUCGGCGCCGGCGGCGCCAAGGACGGCCGCGCGCUCCGCGCGGUCGUCGACGCGGUGCGCCGGUCGCCGGCGCACUCGGCGGUGCCCGCCGCCGUCGCGCGGCAUCUCGUCGGCGUCGUAGCUUCGCCGUCGAGCUGGCCCGCGGCCGGCGCGCUGCUCUACCACCUGCCGCUGCCGCUCGGCGACGACGUCGUCGACGCGGCGGCGGCGGCCGCGGCCGCGACGCCCGCGGCGGCGCGCGCGCUCCUCGACGCGCUGACGGCGCGCGCGGCGCGGGACGAGGAUGGCGGCGCCGGCGCGUGCCUCGCGCGGGGCGCCGCGGCGCUGCUCGAGCGGAGCGCCGCGGCGCUGCGGGACGGCGACGCCGCGGCGGCCGCGUUCCUCGCCGCGCGCGACGCGGCGGCGAGCGUCGCCGAGGCCGACGCGGGGCCCCUCGUCGCCGCGCUGGCGACGAUGGUCGACGGCGCGCUGGCGCGGCCGGGCGGCGACGACGCGGCCGCGCGGCGGUCGCGGCAGGCGCGCGUCGAGUACCUCUGCGUGUCGCUCUGCCGCGCGCUGCCGGAGGCGUCGCUCGACGACGCGCUCGCGGCGCGGGUCGCCGCGCUCGCCCUGCGGCGCCUCGCGGCGGCGGAGCGGUCCGCGGGCGAGGGCCUCGGGCCCGCGGCGGCGGCGGCCGCGGGCCUGCUCCGGGACCGGCCGCGCGUCCGCGCGCGGGCCUACGCGGCCGUCGACGCCGCCGUCGCCGGCGCCGUCGGCGACGCGACGCCCCUGCCCAAGUGCGCGGCGUUGGCGCUCGCGUACGCGCUCCGCGACGCGUCGCUCCGGGCCGACGGCGCGCUGGCGGCGCUCGCGCGCCGCGCGAAGGACGGCCUGCUGCGCGGGGGGGACCUCGAGGUGCGGGACGCGGCGCUGCGCGUGGAGGCGCUGCUGGCCCAACUAAGUGUCACGGUGACGGGCCCCUGCACGACGGCAAUACGCAGCACCGUCGCUUUUGCAAUUGAGAGCGGUCGUUUACGCUCUCGCGGUCUCUCGCCCAACGACAAAAUGUCCGUCGAGCUCAAGCGCGCGCCCCCGCGCCGCCGCCGGUCGUCCACGAUGGAGGCGGCGCCGGACGGCGACGCGCAGAAGCGCGUGGCGCCCUUCCUCACGAAGCUCUCGAACCUCGUCGAGUCCUGCCCGCCCGAGGUGGGCGGCUGGACGCCGGACGGCCUCUCCUUCCUCGUCAACGACGAGGCGAUCACGCACCAAGUACUCCCGAACUUCUUCUCGCACACGAACUUCCGGUCCUUCUGCCGCCAGCUCAGCUGCUGCGCGCGCCCGCACGGCUUCCGCAAGACGCGCCGCCGCAAGCUCUCCGCGGCCAACGGCCAGUGCGGCUGGAGCGAGUUCAGCCACGCGUUCUUCGUGCGCAACCGGCGGGACCUGCUCUGCCAGAUCAAGCGCAUGGAGCACCUCUCGACGUCGUCGAGCAACGGCGAGCCCGCGGAGGAGCAGCCGACGAAGCGGCCGCGCCUGCCGUCCGUCGACGACGAGCACGCGGCCGCGCUCUCGCUCCGCGAGAUGGCCGCGCCGGCGGACGAGGCGCGGCCGUCCGUGGGCCCCGUCGGCGGCGCCGCCGGCUUCCCCGGCGACGGCCUCGCCGCGCUCACGGCGGCCAUCGCCUCCGUGCCGUCGCCGGCGGGCAAGGCGACGCCCUCCGGCCUCGGCCGGAACUCGCACAACGCGCGGCCGUCCUUCGGCGACGACGCGCGCAAGUCGCUGCCCGCGGACGUCACGAUCCGCCCCGCCGCCGUGCCCGUGACGGUGAACCCGCCGGACACGCCGGCGGACCGCCGCUUCUCCGCCGACAUCGGCCGCGCGUGGCCCGCGACGGCGCCCUGGUCGCCCGACGCCGUCGUCCACAAGCCCGCCGCGCCGCCGGCCGCGCACUUCCUCGCCGCGCGCGUCGUCUCCCAGGCCGAGUCCGAGGACGACGCGCCGGCGGCCUUCCCGGCGCCGGCGCCCGCGCCGCCCAAGUGCGAGGUGCUCCGCCUCCAGCAGCGCGUCGACACGCUCGAGGGCCUCCUCAAGGAGCGCGACUCCUUCAUCCAGGAGCUCUUCGCGAAGACGCACGUCGUCGAGACGCCGUCGGUCACGCCCCGGCAACACCAGGGCCCGAUGGACCCCUUCGCCGACCCGUCCGCGGCCGCGGCGCAGCCCCCGCGCGCCGCGGCGCCCUACGUGCCCAUCGCGCCCCGCUGCGUGACGGAGCCCGGCGCGACGCACGUCGCCGCCGUCUAG